GGAGAGUCCGAGCCGUCAGCAGCGUGGAGUCGGAGCUCCGUCUAUUAUUUAAAUGGGGAAAUCCAAAAGAACUCUUUCUCAAACUAGCCCCGAUUUGGCACAGAUUUCACCUUCAUCCAAACAGCUGCGGCUGGACUCCUUUUUUCCACCUCAACCUUCUACAUCGACUACAACACCCCUGAAAAGAAGUGCUUCUUCUACAAACAAGACACAGGAGGUCCAUACUCCUUCAACUACUCACCCCCCUGAACAACGCUACUCCAAACCGCUACCUAGUGUUAACUCUCGCUUGGAUUGUGAUGCUAUUGAACUUAUAAAACAUUAUUCUACACUAACUGCAAGAACUGUCUCUCAGAUUUUCUCCCAGCUUACUCUACUUACAGACUUCUUAAAGAGCUCAUGCUCUAUUUCUCCACAUUGUCUAUCCUGCCUACAUAAAACCCCAGAUAAACUCAACUCAGCCGUUUGCAAAGAAACUCCUCCUAGUUCUUUCUCUGAUGGCUGCCUCCCUCAAGUUCCUUCCAAGCCCAUAAUGCAUUUGGUCUACGUUCCUCACGCUGCUGUUGUCACAAUCGGUCCUCCUCGCGGUUUUACAAGCUUUCCACGCUGGACUAAAAUCGCCUUGGCGAAGAGACAUCUCGCCUUCCUCCUAAAAGUGAAUGUUCGGAACAUCGACCUCUACAGGACUGAGACCUUGUCAACAUCCUUCCACUCAACUAGACUAUUACUGACCUUCCAUUCGAACUAUGUUCCUGGGAUGUUGUUCUCAUCUGCGAAUCUACUACAACGGUGGGGUGUUACCCCUCACCGCCUUUUCAAGAAUACCACCAUUGCCAGGCUUAUCUCGACGGAAGCCUCUUUGCAACCCCCUCCUACAGACGCCUCCCCCUCCUCCAAGAGGACAAAACUGUUUCGAACCUUCAGACCUACCUACCCCCCUACAGACUCCCUGCUGCUCUCUUCUACUUCCAUCUCUGUGUACAAGAGUAGUCAAGGCUCUAAGAAAGUCCGCCUGCAGCACUUCUUCGCUCCAGACAAGUCGACUGUCAUGAGCCUGGCAUACAAAGCCCGUCACUUGUUUGCUGGCCUCGUCAAUGGGAACAUUGCCAUCUACACAAAGUUGGAAGGGAAAAUGACUACAGAAGAAUUCAUCAUAACUUUGAUGUUGAAAAAGAAGAAAUCAAAAUAUUGA